AUGCCACACUCCCUCCCAUCCCCCUUUCUCUCCUCGCACAUUUCCCACUCCUCUCUGGCCUGCCACACUCCCUCCCAUCCCCCCCUUCCCUCCUCGCACAUUCCCCUCUCCUCUCUGGCCUGCCACACUCCCUCUUAUCCCAUCUUUCCUCCUCGCACAUUCCCCUUUCCUCCCUGGCCUGCCACACUCCCUCCCAUCCCCCCUUCCCUCCUCGCACAUUCCCCUCUCCUCUCUGGCCUGCCACACUCCCUCGCAUACCCCCUUCCCUCCUCUAACAAUUCCGUCUACACCGGUGUGGCAAUUCCCUCCAGCCCUCAAGAGUACGAAUCCAGGGUCACUCACUUCAAUCGUGCAAACCCGUCACACAACGGCAACCCGUGGUUCUCCCAUGUGGCCAUUAGUGGAGGGGAGGAGGUGUGGUACGCAGAGAUACUUCUCUUUAAGCACGCUUAG